CGUCAGGAAUACAAGAUGCGGAUUUUACAGAUGGUCCCUAUAAAUACUAGGAACAGUGCAAGGCAAAGAUGGGAGAUUUCUGUGAUUCAGGCUGAGCUGUGCUGGAGGACAGAUCCUUCAGUAAUGCCAACUCCAAACAUGUCAAACUCUUCAGCUAAAGGCUUCCGCAGGGCUGUAUCUGAACUGGACUCUAAGCAAGUCGAAGCAAUUAUGUCCCCCAGAUUUAUCGGAAGACGGCAAAGCUUGAUCGAAGAUGCAAGAAAGGAAAGAGAAGCUGCCGCAGCAGCUGCGGCUGCAGCAGAAUCUGGUGACUCUACUGAGUGCAUAGUAUUUGAGGAAGAAGAUGGUAGAGCUAUGGUGAAUCUGUUCUUCACUCUUAGGAAUGCCAAAAAUACUGCAUUGUCUCGGACCUUUAAAGUAUUUGAGACAUUUGAAGCCAAAAUCCACCAUAUGGAGACUAGACCAGCCAAGAAACCAAAAGACUGCCUUGAAAAUCUAGAAUACUUUGUCCGCUGUGAGGUCAACAGCUCUGAUCUCAGUACACUGGUCAGCUCUAUCAAAAGAAUUUCUGAGGACGUGAGAACUUCAAAAGAAGAAAAGUUUCACUGGUUUCCAAGAAAAAUUGCUGAGCUAGACAAAUGUCAUCACCUAGUUACAAAGUUUGAUCCAGAUCUUGACCACGAUCAUCCAGGAUUUUCUGACAAACUCUAUCGUGAACGGAGAAAAGAAAUUGCUGAUAUAGCAUUCAGUUACAAACAUGGUGAGAUAAUAUCGCGAGUCGAGUACACACCCGAAGAACUUGCAACCUGGAAAGAAGUCUACUCAACCCUCAAGAGUCUAUAUUCAACACAUGCAUGCAGCGAGCACAUUGAGGCCUUUCGACUUCUAGAGAAGUAUUGUGGCUACAGUGAGAACAACAUCCCACAACUGGAAGAUGUCUCGCGGUUUCUUAAAGAGAGGACUGGAUUUCAACUCCGUCCUGUUGCUGGCCUUCUGUCUGCACGGGAUUUCCUUGCCAGCUUAGCUUUCCGUAUUUUUCAGUGUACUCAGUACAUUCGGCAUGCAUCUUCUCCAAUGCACUCUCCAGAGCCGGACUGCUGUCAUGAACUCCUGGGACAUGUCCCAAUGUUGGCUGACAAAACAUUUGCUCAGUUUUCUCAGGACAUUGGACUGGCAUCACUGGGAGCAACCGAUGAAGAAAUAGAAAAGCUGGCUACAUUGUACUGGUUUACAGUGGAAUUUGGACUGUGCAAGCAAGGUGGUCUCAUAAAAGCAUAUGGAGCUGGUCUGCUGUCAUCAUAUGGAGAACUUAUACACUGUUUAUCUGAUGAACCAGAGCUGAGAGACUUUGACCCUGAAGUUACAGCAAUGCAGCCUUACCAGGACCAGAACUACCAGCCUGUGUACUAUGUGUCGGAGAGCUUUGCUGAUGCCAAAGACAAACUCAGAAAAUAUGCUUCAAAAAUCAAGAGACCAUUUUCUGUAAAGUAUAACCCUUAUAAUGCUACCAUUGAAGUUCUUGACAACCCCCAGAAGAUAAAGGCGUCUCUGGAAGAGCUAGAAGAUGAGUUAAAAGCUCUAACUGAUGCUCUGAACAUUAUUAGCUAACAUCCAUCUCCACAACAUUAUUAAAACCAGUGCUGAUCCUGUGUACAAUACAUCAAAUGUUUAUGCUAAAAGAUGUAAUAUAUACGGAAAAAUAUUUAUGAUUCAGAAAAGUCCUGUAGCAUUUCUAGGAAAAUAUUUUUUUAUGUGUUGAGUUCUAUUCAGUGUUAUUGUUGUAACUAAGUGAUUUCACGCCUCUUUCUCAAUAACUGAAAAAAAAUAAUAUCUAGUGAAAUAUAUGAGUUAACAGUGGUGAAGACUGAUAUACAUUACAACAGAAAAAAUAAAGAGAUAAAAGGGGUUUCUGAAUUCA